UUUAUCAAAGUACAUGAUCAAGAUUACCUUUUGGACGAAAUUUUAACCGCUCUUUUACAUAAAUUGCUACGCCCUUCAUACAAACUUCAAAGCUGUAAUAAAUGCAAUUAAAAUCAACAAUUUUCAAUUUUACCAUUGACCUGACUACUGUUGAUUAGUAAAACCAACAGUUAAAAUAUUGCUUACAACCAAUUUUUCAUUACAAAUGGAAACAUCAACUUUACCAUCUUCAUCUUUCAACUAAUCUACUGUUUUUAACUUUUGUUUUUAUAAUCAUUUACAAUUUAAAUCUCCAAUCAUUUAUCAUUCCAUUAAUUGACAUCACCUUCAUUAAGUUCAAAUAUGGUCAAAUUAACUGCCAAGGAAUUGCUGGAGUUGGUUAAACUCUUGAGAAUUGAUGUGUUCUUAAUGCUGGCUGUUUUUGCCCUUCUCAUGCCAGCAGUGACCGUUACUCAACUUUCCCAGGAUAAAUAUUGUAUGAAUACCAUUCCAGGCAAUGAGUCAAUAUGCUUGGAACUCGAGAAACACGCCAAUGACUCCUACACUCCAAUCCGUAAUAUGGUCUUGGAAAAGGCAACAACCCUGAAAAUGUACUCGACAAUUAUAGUGACAGUACCUGGUAUUGUUUUUUCACUUUUCCUGGGCUAUUGGGUCGAUGCUUAUCCAGGUCACAUUCGGUAUAUGCUCACACUUGGUCCAAUCUGUGGAAUCCUGCAAAAUUUGAUUCUAAUCUAUCAGUGUUUGGCUUUUGACAUAAAACCAAUUGCAUUAUUGUACGCAAAUAUACCAGCCGCAUUGAGUGGAUAUAUGGUUAUCCUCAUGACUGGAGCUUAUACUUAUAUCACAAGGAAAACACCGCCAAAAUAUCGAGCAAUCAGAUUUGCAAUUUUAGAGCUUUUCAUGUUUAUUUCAAUGCCUGCAUCGACAACUGUUGGUGGAUAUGUGCUUGCAUUGAAACCUUGGUUUUCUGGUCAACAUCGUAAUUACAUUGGAGUUUUCAUCAUUUCCAUAAUAAGUUCAGCUGUUUCAGCACUUUGGGUGGCAAUUUUACUCAAUGAUGCUGGCACUUCUGAAGAAGAAAUGAAUAACAACAAUGGCCCUAGUUCGGGUGAUUCACCUAGAAACAAUCGUCAUGAACUUAACAAACCUGCUAACUCUAAAGAUGGACCAAAGAGUACAAAAGCAAUCUUUUUAGAGAUCAUCAACAUUCGUAAUGUUAGCAAUACAAUGAAUACUGCUUUCAAAAAGCGUGACCACAAUGGACGAUUCUUUUUAUUAUUCACAAUGGUCUCUAUGGCUAUCUGUCUCAUUGGUUACAUGGGGGAAAAUGCCAUUGGUUUUCAGUUUGCUCAACGAGUUUAUCACUGGAAUGCUGAAUAUUAUUCAUUCAUGUCAGCAUUCAUUAUUAUAAUUCCCGCCAUUGUGACUAUAAUCACACCUCCAAUUUUGAUUCACAAAUUUCAUUUACAUGAUACUGUCAUAGGAAUAAUUGGAAGUCUCUCCCUUGUUCUUUGCAUGUUUCUUCGUGGACUAAUUCUCAAUGAAGCUGGAUUCUUUGUUGGUAUUGCUUUUGGUAGCUUCAUGGGCUUAUUGCCCAUCUGUAAUCGAUCUGUGAUAGCCAGGAUCAUAAAAUACAAUGAAAUUGGCCAAAUAUAUGCACUUUUAUCUUGCAUUGAAUCAACUGGACCUUUAAUAUCAUCCUUGUUUUUUUCAAAGUUGUUCAAUGCCACAAUUAAUGAUGCUCCUGGUGUUGUUUAUAUUGCUGCUGGAUUCGUUGUAUUAUUUCCUUUGAUCAACAUGACUUGGCUUUUCUGUACCAGAAAGAGUUGGGAUUUAGUUUUAUUGGGUGAAAUGGCUCCUCCAGGCGUUCCAGCAACUGAGAAUGGCACUCAGGAAAUGACAUUUGAAUCAGUCGUUAAUCAAGAAAAUAUUGACCAAAGUCGUGUCGUCUAUAUUAAUUCAACUCAAAUAGAAAGUCAAAAAGAAUUAGAUAUUGAUGAUAAAAUUGAAGAAAUUAUAACUGGUAAAGUUGAAAUAGUCUUCGAGAGAGUCACCGAGAAAGAAUGAAUUAAACUCAAUCGCCAUUUAUCAUCUCACAAAUUAAUAUAAAGGAAUCCUAGCUUGUCCUUUGUAUCAUAUUUUAUUGAUAGAUUUCGAUCAAUCCAUCAUUUUAAACGGAUCGCAGUUCAAAAUACUGAGUUUCCAAGCUCAUUUUUCAUAUAUUAUAUUUUUGUAUUUUUAAUAUUCAACUCACACAAAUUUUAUUUUACAAAUAAAGUAUCAAUCCAGUUUCAUUUAAUA